AAACAAUUUAUAGCCUGUGAUAAAAAAGUCAACAUCUUUUUCACACCCACCGUAAAUUCAUGGAGCCAUUACAUCCAACACCCACUAGACCCGUCAUACCAGGCCGUGCUAUCACUCCCAUAUCACGCCAGGAUACUCCUAUUGAUAUUGACGGCCUUAGUUGGCCCAGUAUUGGUACCAAAAGCCGCCGAGAUGAGACAGAGGAACAGCGUCAUAUUAGGGAAGAAAAGAUUGCUGAAGCUGUCAAGACCAUAUUGUCUUGCCUUGGAGAGGAUCCUGAACGUGAGGGCCUUUUAAAGACGCCCGAUCGCUAUGCAUCUGCCUUGAUGUUCUUUACAAAGGGAUACGAACAGAGCAUCAAAGAUGUUUUGAACGAAGCCGUUUUUGAAGAAGAUCAUGAGGAAAUGGUGAUUGUUAAAAAUGUCGACAUUUUUUCCCUAUGUGAGCACCAUAUGGUCCCCUUCACUGGCAAGAUCUCCAUUGGUUAUAUUCCCAAUCGACGUGUGGUUGGCUUGAGCAAGCUUGCUCGUAUUGCAGAGAUGUUUGCCCGUCGACUACAAGUUCAAGAAAGACUGACAAAGCAGAUUGCUAGUACAUUGAUGGAAGUAUUGCAACCUCAAGGUGUAGCGGUUGUUAUGGAAGCCAGCCACUUGUGCAUGUGCAUGAGAGGUGUGCAGAAACCUGGCAGUUCUACUAUGACCAGCUGCAUGUUGGGAGUGUUCAGGAACAAUCCAAAGACAAGAGAGGAAUUCUUGUCUCUGAUUAGGAACUGAUUCCUGCGACACUAAGCCAGCGAUAAACAGGACACUUGUUCAACAGAAUUGUACCAUAUUGUUUUUAUAUUCUCCUGUAUCACAUUAACACUUGCCUUGGUUAUACUUUCUAGACUGAAUUUUAUUUCUUUUCCCUUAUUUUGUACCCAAAAUUCGGCUCCACUCCAAAUAGCGCCUUCUCUCUCUC